GGCCCGCGGCGCUGGGUGCUCACCAUGGACCCGAUCCGGAGCUUCUGUGCGAAGCUGCGGUCUCUGGCGGUCACCUUGGACAGCGAAACGGCGCGGCUGCAGCGGGCGCUGGAGAGGGAAGACGGCGAGAGAGUGGAAGGGAGUGGGAGAGACACAGAGAGAGAAACAUCAAUGUGAGAGAGACAACAUUGAUUGGUGCUCCCUGCUCACACUCCAACCAGGACCAGGGAUCGAGCCUUCAACCCAGACUUUGAAGGUUAUGCAGUGAGAAUUUUACAUGACCUUAAUUCAGAAGUUCGGACUCUAAAGGGUAAUGUCAAUAUUCUUCUUGAUAAAGCAAGUUUGGAAAGUCAAGAAAGCAUUGGUUUCAUAAAGGCAACAAAAGUACUGAUGAAAAAAACCUCAGUGGAUAUUAUAAAAAUAAGAGAGCUUUUCCAGAAGUAUGGAUAUAAUCCACGGGCCAAGAAAAAUUCAGAGGGUGAGCAAGAAGCCAUUGACUCUAAACCAGAGUCCACUAGAGAUGAAAACCUUCAAAAGCCUGAUGUAAAGGAUGAUAUGUCUAAUCCUGUUGUUCCAAGCAGCUCUGUUUCUGAGAAGAUUCCAUGUAGUCCACAACUUUCAGAUUUUGGACUUGAACGGUACCUGAUAUCGCAAAUUCCACCAAACCCUCCACAGGCAGUAAAUAAUCAUAAGAAAGAGCGAAACAUGUUAACUCCAUCUUCCAAACAGUCACCAGUUGAAGUACUAAAAACUCCUAAAUGUGCACUAAAUAUGGAUGAUUUUGAGUGUGUGACUCCUAAAUUAGAGCACUUCGGUAUCUCUGAAUAUACUGUGUGUUUGAAUGAAGAUUACACAAUGGGACUUAAAAAUGUGAAGAAUAAAAGUGAGGAAGCUGUAGAAAUAGAACCAGUGUCCAGUAAUAGCACCACUGCUAGCCUCGUAAACCAGCAAUUGGAAAAAAAUGAUGAUGAAUAUACAAAGUCUCCCUUGGCACCUACAUUCUGUACUCCUGGUUUGAAAAUUCCUUCUACAAAGAACAGAACAGCUUUGGUAUCCACAGAUUAUCCAUUAUCAAAAACAAACAGUUCAUCAAAUGAUUUGGAAAUGAAAGACUAUACAUCGUUAGUUUUAAAUUCAGACAAGUGCUUUGAGAGCUGUGCGGAAGCUCCCUCUUCCCCUGUGAUUUCUUCUUAUGAGAAUCUGCUCAGAACACCUACACCUCCAAAAGUAACUACAAUUCCAGAAGACAUUCUCCAGAUUUUAUCAAAAUACAACCCAAACCUAGCUACUACUCCAGUAGCAGUUAAGGCAUGCCACCCAGCAAAGCAUUCUUUACUAGAUGUAAAGGACGGAACAUCUGAGAUGUUGGCAACAAGAAAACUGGUGAAAGUGAGUAUGUUACCAUUCCAAAGAAAGUACAUGUGUCAUUUGAGGAGAACAUUUGAAAAUUAACACUUGAAUGAAAUCCUAGUGGAUCCGUCCGUCCAUUAAUAGAAACUGAACAGAAUGAGAUGAAAUCAAAGCUGGACUUAUUUUGUUUUCACAUUCCCGUUUUUCCCUUUCUAAAAAUCAAUCCAUAUCAAAGAUGAGUUUGGAUACUGAUAUCAUAAUUUGCUUUUUAAGUUUUGAUUUACUUUAACCUAAAUUGUGACAUGCAACUCACUUACUGUUUUUAAAUAUCAUUACUAUUUCACUGAUCUCAAAUUUACCCUACCUAAUCUAAUCAUGGAUUAAGUAAUUACUAGGAAGCAGGAUCAAUAACUUUUAAAUUUUAAGUGUUACUGUUUGCUAUUCAAGUAAGGCCAUGUCCAGCCCUCGCCGGUUUGGCUCAGGGGAUAGAACAUCAGCCUAUAGACUGAAGGGUCUGGGGUUCAAUUCUGGUCAAGGGCACAUAACUCAGUUACAUGCUCCAUCUCCAUCAGGGCGUGUGUGGGAGGCAACCAAUCGAUGUUUCUCUCACAUCCAUAUUUCUCUGUCUCUCCCUUCUAUGCUAAAGAAAAAAGGCCACCUCCAGUCUUCUCUGAGCUGGGUAGGUCCUGCUGUCUGCAAGAGCAGGCUUCUUAAUCCUAACUGCCCUUCUCCUGUCUCCUCCCAGUCUCUUAUACCUUUUAUUUGGUAACAUACUCACAUUGCUCUUUUAAAACACAGUUUACAAAUGACAGCUUAAUUUAGGAAAAGGAGAAUUUACAGACCAGGACAUCUGCACUGUAGUAGGUCUCAAAUGAAAUCACCUGCUGUCAAUUUGGGAGUGUUUUUCCUUCUUUUUUCCUUCCAACUUUUUGCUUAGUGUCCAUUUCAUCCUCUCAACUCAGCUGUUUCCCCCACAUGGCUGCUGACCUCUCCAAGUUCCACUUCAGUGGCUACCCACCAACCCUGAGGCCUUUCUGGAAGAUGCUGAUUACUCUUCCUGGGCCAGGUGUGCUUCUCUGGAAUGUCAGCUGUGACCACAAUAACGAGGAGACUGAAUGUGUCGAGAGCUAUCUAAUAGCUUCCCACUGCCCUGUCCAUCAGGCCCAAGAUCCUUCCCAUUUAAGUAUAACUGAACAGUAAUCUUAUCUAAUUAAGUCCAUAAAAGUACUUUGGCAAACAUUUCAGAUGGCCAAUGGGAAAAUAAGGACCUAGUGUAUAAUGACAAGGUGCUUCAAUGGCUUAGCUUUGGGGAAUUUGAUGUGGUAGAGUACCCUCUUCUGUGACUGUGCCUUGAAAGUCAAAUGUAAAGACUUGCUCUCUUCAUUUUGUCAGAAAAUAGUCAUUAAAACAAAACUUGAUUUAUUCUGUGUUCUAGGAA